AUGACUACUCGGGGGAGCCCAGAGUUAGAUCAGCUGGCGAAGGGUGGGUGCUUAGGGGAGAAUCACAACGAAUCGGCGCAGCUUAAACAACUCGAAGUUCAGUUUGGAGAGAUAUCUCGAGCAGACAGUUCUCGAGAGGAGCCGAAUAGCCUCGGAGCUGUCACGCCGGAGCUAAGGAUGGCUGGAUUUGCGCCUAAAGAUGAGGUUACUCUUCUCCGUGGAGAAAGAUAUGGAGUCACGUAUGAUGAUAAAGAUGCCAGUAGUAAGGUGCUCGAUGGGCUCCUGCUCACUGACGAUGAUGUACAUAAUUAA